UGACCAGUGCAGUGGCCUCCAAGGCUUCCUGGUCUUCCACAGCUUCGGAGGAGGCACCGGCUCCGGCUUCACCUCGCUCCUCAUGGAGCGGCUCUCCGUGGAGUACAGCAAGAAAUCCAAGCUGGAAUUCUCGGUCUACCCAGCCCCGCAGGUGUCCACAGCCGUGGUGGAGCCCUACAACUCCAUCCUGACCACGCACACCACGCUGGAGCACUCGGACUGCUCCUUCAUGGUGGACAACGAGGCCAUCUACGACAUCUGCCACCGCAACCUGGACAUCGAGCGGCCCACCUACACCAACCUGAACCGCCUGAUCGGGCAGAUCGUGUCCUCGGUCACCGCCUCGCUGCGCUUCAACGGCGCCCUCAACGUGGACCUCAUCGAGUUCCAGACCAACCUGGUGCCCUACCCGCGCAUCCACUUCCCGCUCACCACCUACGCGCCCAUCGUCUCGGCCGAGAAGGCCUACCACGAGCAGCUCUCCGUGCCGGAGAUCACCAACGCCUGCUUCGAGUUCUCCAACCAGAUGGUCAAGUGCGACCCUCGCCGCGGCAAGUACAUGGCGUGCUGCCUGCUCUACCGCGGCGACGUCGUCCCCAAGGACGUCAACGCCGCCAUCGCCGCCAUCAAGACGCGCCGCUCCAUCCAGUUCGUGGAUUGGUGCCCCACCGGUUUCAAGGUGGGCAUCAACUACCAGCCGCCCACCGUGGUGCCCGGCGGCGACCUGGCCAAGGUGCAGCGCGCCGUCUGCAUGCUGAGCAACACCACGGCCAUCGCCGAGGCCUGGGCCCGCCUGGACCACAAGUUCGACCUGAUGUACGCCAAGCGCGCCUUCGUGCACUGGUACGUGGGGGAGGGCAUGGAGGAGGGCGAGUUCUCUGAGGCCAGGGAGGACCUGGCGGCUCUGGAGAAGGAUUACGAGGAGGUCGGAAGGGACUCGGGGGAUGGAGAGGAGGAGGAGGGCGAUGAGGAUGAGUAUUGACAAACUGCCGCCUGGUCUCCACCUCGGCUGGAAUCCAAACUUCUGUCCCGAAUUCCUGAGGGCCUGGAGGGUUCCGAAGGACCGGCCCGGACCUCGAUGCCGCGUUUGAUGUAUGAAACCUCCCCUGCUUGCGUAGUUUGGGCUCGCAGAGCUGCUCUGUGGCCUGGGUGUCUUGAGCUUUAUCCCGCUGCUGUUCCCUGGUGAGUCAGGCCUGACAUCCCGCCUAGCCGGGAGAUCCCGGCUCCUAAUGCAGGGAAUGUCACAAGCCGCCUGCUUUGGCUGGAAUGGCAAACUCUCGCUCUGGCUUUUUCUUGUAAAAGCACUUUGGAAUUAGAAACGCACCUGUAAACUUC